UUUAGUGUAGCUGAUUCAAAUCUCAGAGAACACACUAGAUUGUUUAUCUUAUUCUAACAUUGGAAAUGGCUACCAUGUGGUUACGGAUCAUCGCUGCUCUCAUUGUAUGGGUUUCCUGUGUUCAUGGACAAGGAAAAUCUUGUAGCUUUCCAGACAUAAAACAUGGGAGCAUAUAUGAUGAAGACAGAUAUAAAGAAACAUUCCCAGUUGCUAUUGGAAAAUAUUUCUACUACAACUGUGAUCAGAACUUUGUGUCUCCUGCACAAACUCUCUGGACAAAAAUAACCUGUACUGAGGAAGGAUGGUCACCAAAACCACAGUGCCACAGAUAUUGCUUUUUUCCAUGGGUGGAAAAAGGUCACUCUAGCAAUGAAGGACAUAUACAUCUGGAAGGUGAAACUGCGACAAUUACCUGUGAACCAGGUUAUCGCCUCUUGAAUAAUAAGAGCGUCAUUACAUGUGAAGAAAAUGGAUGGUCUAUCAGUCCUAUGUGUAAACAGUUCAAUUCAAGAGAAAACUGUGGACCUCCUCCACCUAUUGACAAUGGAGACAUUACCUCAUUGCCACUAAAAUCAUAUGCUUUAGGAUCAAUAGUUGAGUAUCAAUGCCAGGCCUUGUACGUACUUCAGGGAAAUAGGGAAAUAAUAUGUACUAAUGGAUGGUGGUCAAGUCCACCAAAGUGCUUAGAUCCUUGUGUUGUAUCAGAAGACAUCAUGAAUAAACACAAUAUAAAGUUACGAUGGGUUGAUAGAAAUAAACUCUAUGUUCAGUCAGGGGACAUUGUUGAAUUUGGGUGUAAACCUGGGCAUCAUAGCAAGACAUCAUCUCAAUCAUUUCGAGUACAUUGUUUAGAAGGAAAAUUGAUGUAUCCCACUUGUGAACUAACAAUAUUAGAAUGAACUUUGACUAAGUAUAUGAAUUUAUUAAAAUCAUUAAUUUUAUGCA